CGAGUGAGUUCUGAUCUUUUUCAUUAGACCGCAAAAGUAGGUGUGUCCCAAAUCCCAAUAAGUAUAUACUCUUAUAUGGUACAACAUACUAGCAUAGUAUAUACCUCUUACUUUCUCUCUCAAUCACAAUUUUUUCUUUCUUUCUUUCUUUCAUUCAUUCGCUUUUUACUGUUUGAUUUCUCAUCUCAACAAUUUUAGGGUUUCGUUCCCAAUUUCGAUUUCUCCUCGGGAACGGUGAUCUUUUUUGAUGAACUGAAGCAAUGAAGCAAGGAGUAUCUUCCCUGAAUCCAUAUGCAGCAUCGUACAUUCCACUUUCUAAAAGAAAUGCAAAUGAUAGAACUUUUGAGACAGCAAAAGACUCUAGGAGCGGCAAUGAGUCUUCAUGGUUUGUAACCCCUGAGCAACUCCAUUACAGAGCUUAUUAUGACUCCAAUGCUCAUGGAGCUGAAAAAGCCCCUAUUCCUGAUGUGGGGUCUACAGUGAAGAGCCACCAUGCAUAUGGUUAUGGUUCAUCACCACAAAAUGUAAAUCAAGCUGCAGAUAAGCAGAUGCUAGAUGAAUUUGACAUUGAUUUGGAAUAUCUUCAGAUGUCAUUUCCUGGUAUAUCUGAUCAGUCCCUUACUGAUGUUUAUGCGGCAAAUAGAGGUGACCUGGAAGCCACUGUUGACAUGCUGAACCAACUUGAGGUGUACAAUGUUACACUGUUGAGUCUUCUGAAAGUCUUCCAGACACUCUGGACAUUGGCGAUGUUUCAGAAUUUGGAUCUUCAGCUGAUUGUGCAUCACUGAAACUGAAGACCGUAAAGGGCGAAGCCAGUGCUGCUUCAUCCAGCUCCUAAGGUUCAUCAAGAUUAUCUCCUGAUUGAUUUUGCAAACAACAAAUCCAAUUGUUUGUCAAGGCAUGGUUGGUCUUGUGGAUAAGAAAUAUAUAAAUAGGGGAUUUUCCUCAGAGAUGGAGACAUCAGUUGUUAUCGUUGUAUAGUUCUCAGCUGCUUGAUUCACCCUUCUCUUUUCUUUCAAAGGCUCAUUGUUUUUGAUUGAUGGGUCAGAAUCCCCCUGUGCAGUUAUUAUGCGGAUUGCAGUUUUUUCUUUUCAAAAUGAAAGUCAUCUUUGCUGUUUUGCUUUCCUUCUUUGUGCGCUUGUCUUGGUUGGGUAGAUGCUGUGUAAGCGGGUAUCAUUCAAAUGUCACCUGAAGAUUUGAACGCGUGAUGCUUUAAGCUUGUGUAUUUUUUUGUGAUGAAAUAUAGCGCAAUUUCCAA